AUGACGGCGGCUGUUGUUCGCCGUGGUGCUCUGGCAAGGACGAAAUGGCAUCUGAACCAUAGCAGGUCCAUUGGCCAACUGCCUUUGCGGCGCUCACAGAGCACCUUUAACCACUUUGUGGCAAGCACCAAGCUACAGCCAAGCUCUGCACCUCCGACACCAACAUCCGAUGCAAAACCUUUCCGACUAGCCGUCAAAGACAACAUUGCCACGGAGAAGUUCCCGACGCAAUGCGCCUCCGGAGUCCUAGGCCAGCAUGCCUCUCCCUUUGAGGCCACCAUUGUUCGCCAACUUCGAGCACGCGGAGCCUCUGUCGUUGGGAAGACGAACAUGGACGAAUUUGGAAUGGGGUCACAUUCUGUAAACUCUGUCCAUGGGCCGGUCCGAAAUCCCCUGGCACCAUCUGGCGAGGAUGUGUCUGCUGGAGGAAGUUCUGGAGGCAGUGCGGUCGCAGUUGCUCUUGACGACGCAGACAUUGCGCUUGGCACAGACACUGGCGGCUCAGUCAGGUUGCCGGCUGCCUAUACUGGUAUUGUUGGGUAUAAGCCAAGUUACGGCAUGCUCUCGAGAUUCGGCGUUGUUCCGUACGCGAAUUCACUAGACACCGUUGGCUUACUGGCACGAAAUGUCGAGUCUAUCCAGCAACUGGUAUUUGAUACGAGGCUGUAUGAAGAACAUGACCCCAACGAUCCCACAUCAUUGAGUGUCGAGACCCGUCAGCGCUGUUCAAAAGCUGCGCCAGCAACUCUACCAAACCUAUCCCAGCUUACCAUUGGCAUACCCGUCGAAUACAACAUCGACGAGCUGGACCCCGCGAUACGUGACGCCUGGGCUGCUACCGCUUCAGCAUUAGAGUCACAAGGUGCUCGUAUAGUUCCUGUGUCUCUUCCUUCAACGAAGGAGGCCCUUUGCGCAUACUAUAUUCUCGCCCCCGCUGAGGCGUCAUCUAACCUGGCAAAGUAUGAUGGUGUACGAUAUGGCAUCCGUGGCCCUGAAGGAGAUGCAGCUGGAGAGACUCUGUACUCUGAAGCUCGGGGCGCUGGUUUCGGUGCCGAAGUCAAACGCCGAAUCCUCCUGGGAACCUACAGUCUUAGCUCUGAAGCCAUGGACAACUAUUUCAUCCAAGCCCAGAAGAUACGACGGCUUAUUCAACAAGACUUUGACAGAGUUUUCAAGCUGGAUAACCCGCUUUACGAACCAAGGCAGUUUGAUCUGAGCGAAAUGUCUGCCGACACUACCCUGGAAGACAAGCAAGGUCCUGUCCAGGUGGAUUUCUUGCUGUCACCAACUGCGCCAACAUACCCACCCAAGUUGAGCGACAUUAUGAAACGAAGCAGUAUUGACGCUUACAUGAACGAUGUUCUUACUGUACCGGCCAGUCUUGCCGGCCUACCUGCCGUCAGCGUUCCGGUCAAGAUCGACCAGAGCCACCAGUUUCCCACUGGACUUCAGUUGAUUGCCCAAUAUUGGGAUGAUAGGAGACUAUUGACAUUGGCAGACAAGAUGGUAAAGUUGAUGGCGACGUGA